UAUCAGUUGUGUACUUGAAAUUUUGUGCAAACGACUUUUUUCGGUCUUUCAUUUUUUUUUUUGCUUAUUUUGUGGGAUAUUAUUUAUCUCAUACCGAGUUUCCAUAUCCGAAUUAUUUACAUUUUAAAGUGAAAUGAGCAAUAUGUUUCAUUUAUUAAAAAUAUCCAUGUAAAAAAAAGAAACAUUUAAAUUUGAAUAUUGAAUGCAACACAUUAGAACGAACGCGGCAACAAAUAAAGAAAAAAAAAGAAGACGAUAAUGAUGAUAAACUUAAACAACUGUAUAAUAUUUUUAAAGUGAUUGACUUAAGGAGUUAAAUAGCUGUCGUGUAAUUUGAGUGCUUCACAUCACACAUUGUGAUUCUCAUAAAAACGAAACAGUCGAAUUUUGAACGAUUUAAACCAGAAACUGAUUUAGUAGAAGAAAUCAAAACAAAUAAAAAAAAUUGUACAAAAAAAAGAACGAAAGGCAAACAGUUUAAAGCUACUUUGGCCGAAUCAUUGCUUAUCAAUUGGUCGGAUCGGUUCUGUUAAAAGCUGACGUUAAAUGGGCUCGUGUGUAUUCGUUUGGUAGUGUAUAUGAUGAAAUGAGCAACACGGCUAGAAUAGCCGAUAGACUUUUCUAAAACGGUUUUUUAUUAAAGUGAUUUCUUUUUUCCCCUCUCUUUGAUUAUACACGUCACAUCACCACUGUUUGUUGUUUGCUGUUAGAGUCACAGAUAGUGCAUGUUUCGUUUAGUUUUUUUUUUCGAUUCUACAUCCAAUAAAAUACCUGUCCGAUACGGGCACUUGGACAUCAGACUGCUUGUUGAUUUGUGUCAUUGGAAUGUGUGUUCCAACACACAUUACUUCAUAUUGAAAUAACAAAUAAAUUACAAAUUGACAAAUAACAAAGUGAUGAUUCAUCGGGUCACAACAGCGUCAACAUUAAUCGUAUCCUCAAAUCAAUGGUUAACACAUAAACAUUUAAUUGUGGUGCAGUGAUUACUUCGGACGAAGCAAAAAAAAAAAAAAAAAAAAAACACAGACACAAAACAAGAAAGAGACAAACACAUAUCAAUAACAGUUGAUGUGAUGAAUUUUUAAGCCCAAACACGAAAGACAACAAAAACUACCGCCCGUGUGCAAUCAAAAACUGACAUUAAACAUCAUUGAGUGCUUGUGAUACAAUUUUGCAUUAUCCUGUUGAAUAUAACGUAAUAAAAGUACAGAAUAAAAAUAAAAUUGUUGUGUUUUGCGCGCUGUUGAUAUAGAUUUAUACAAAUUCCAAAUGAAAAUGUCGACACAUGAAGAUGAUGAUCAGGAUCAAGAUCAGGAGAUCAAUGUUGAUUCCGAUUCACGGUUGUCAUGCGGCAGUGGAUCGGAUAUCGAUAUGGAUGGCACUGGCAGUUGUUAUGAUUCGGAAACGGCAUUAGGCGAUUCAAUUCAAUCGGAACAGACGAGAUCAUCAAGCGAGAAUUUGCCAUUCAGUAUAUCACGUUUAUUGUCAAAACCAUAUGAAAAUAACAACAAGAGUCCAACAUCCGAUAAAGAUGCGAAUGCCAUUUUGUUGGAUGCUGAACAUGCAAAAUUUACGUCACAUUUAGCAAAUGCCGGUAUACCUUAUUCAACCGCCAGUGCAUUAUAUUCGUCGUAUAGCCCAUUUUAUAGUCCUGGUCAAGUAUUACGUGUGCCACCGCAGCGAACACCAUUAACGUGGGCACUCCCGCCACUACAUCCUGCUGCAUUAGCCCAUCAAGCUGUCAAAGAUAGAUUAGCAGCUUUUCCAAUAGCCAGACGGAUAGGACAUCCAUAUCAAAAUCGAACUCCACCAAAGAGAAAAAAACCCAGAACUUCAUUCACUCGAAUUCAAGUUGCCGAAUUAGAAAAGCGUUUUCAUAAGCAAAAAUAUUUGGCGUCGGCUGAACGGGCCGCAUUGGCUCGUGGCCUCAAAAUGACUGAUGCUCAAGUCAAAACUUGGUUUCAAAAUCGUCGCACUAAAUGGAGACGUCAAACGGCUGAAGAACGGGAAGCUGAACGUCAAGCGGCAAAUCGUUUAAUGUUAUCAUUGCAAGCGGAAGCAUUGAGCAAAGGAUUUGGACCACCUCCAACAACACAGUCGGCACAAACAUCAACACCUCUUGCGCCUCCGUUGGCCGGACUACAAUCGUUACAACCAUGGGCCGAAGCACAUCCCGCCGGCUGCUGAAGAAACACUGCAUCAUUUAAUGCAACGAUUAUUCAAAUUUGAAUGGCUGAAACGGGAAAUACAUGAGUAAAAUUAAAAUAUCAGAAGUGUACUCCUUUCAAACCGAAAGAUAGAAAAUUAUAAAACCAUUAAUAUUUUUCACAUUUCUUGUGGACGACCGUUGAAUUCAAAACAAAAAAUUGCCGAGAAAAAAAUGAAGGUGUGAUAAAAAUCAAACUAAUUUAUGCACAAAUUAAUCACAAAAAAAAAUGAAUGAAUCCAAAUAAAUUAAGUUAUGCAGAACAAAUUAAAAUGUGGCUGCGAAAACAUUUUCAAAAUAUGACCCAGUAUUUUUGUCGAUUUUUUAAGCAAGUGAAGGUUUAUAAUAAAUUAAUAUGGUGAAUUUUUCACUCUCUCUCUCUCUCAUAACAUUGCUAUGCAAUGCCAUAACCGUUCAACUCGAGUUCUUUGGACAAAAAAAACUGUUUCUAUCGAUUUUUUUUGGGUUUAUCGACGGUUGAAAGUGUCAUUUAGCAAAGAAUGUGACGAGAAAUGAUGUUAAGCAAAUCAUAAAAUUAAAGUAAUGUACUAUUUAGCGAUUCAUCGGUUUUAACGUCAAUUUUAAAAUCCAUGUCUCAUUUUAUUUUUGUGGCAACCAAAAAAAAAUAUUUCAAUAAAAGUUACUGCGACAAUUUUGUAAAUAAUAAUCACUGCAAUGAAUCACUAUACUUUUUCACGGUAUUAAUAAAAACACGGGAAUACCACCAAGGGAUAUUUCAGCUCAGAUGAAUCAAUGGUAUGGAUUUGGACAUCAGUACUAAAGUAGAUCGUCAUGGAUUCAUUCAAACUGAUAGAUUUAUCUGGUGGUAUUCUUUGAUUUAAAAAAAAAACCACAAAAAUUCUCAAAUUUUAUAUAACAUUAAUGGAAUAAUAGUGUGAAGCUUUUGCAACGGAAACUGGCUUUUUUCUAAAUUCACGAAUGAAAUGAAUUUCUCUUUAAAUGUAAGUCCGAAAGUGUGUGGAGAGAUAAAUACAUAAUUUCAAAGAUAAAAUCAUUGUAAUCAUGGUACGAAUGACGUUGUUUUUUGGUUAAGCGCCAAAAUUUGAUAAUUGUUAUCUCUAAAUGUGCUUUGGCAAAUGCUAAAUUCUAUUUUUCACGACUUUAUUUGAAAGUCAACGAAAUUUAAUUAAUAGGAAUGCAACUGUUGCUAUUCCUAAAUUAACGACAUAGCUCAUCUAAUUUUAAUGCAACAAUUUAAAAAAACAAAACGCAAAUU